GGGCUGAUGAUGGGAGAAACUGGCUUGCCUGGUUUGCUGUUGUUGAUGCUUGACAUUGAAACCGACCCAGUAUUAGUGAAGGACGUGAAGGAAUGUCUUAACUUCAUGCUUCAAGCGUUGGGCGAACAGAAUCUGCAAUUCUGGUUGCGUCUGUGUAAGGAAGUUCUGACAGCGGCAUCAGAUACGACGAACAGUGACCAAACACAUUUGGAAGAGGAGGAAGAAGAAGGAGAUGAAUUAGGAGCUGGCAUUCAAUUGGAGGAGACAAACUUGGCGUCUCCUCGGUGGCCCACGCGGGUUUUCGCUGCACUAUGUGUAAGGCGACUGAUAUGCGUCACCUCAGAGUCGAAAGAUCCUGCGCACUUUGAUCUCGGAUUGGCUCGUAAAAAGCUCAUUAGCCUAGGAAAUGGGGAAUUUCUAGUCCUGCACCUGUCGGACCUCAUCAGAAUGGGAUUCAUUGCUGCAACAGGCGAUUGUGAUCCUUUGCGUCUGGAGGGCCUGUUGCUCUUGCAGCUCAUCAUAGACAAGUUCUCUCAAGUACCAGAACCAGAGUUUCCCGGUCACUUCCUUCUAGAACAAUAUCAAGCGCAAGUGGGAGCAGCCUUGAGACCGGCUUUUGCUCCAGAUACACCUUCACACAUUACUGCAAUGGCCUGUCAAGUUUGCAACUCAUGGAUUCGUGGAAGUGGAGUUUCCGGUGACCUAAAUGAUCUGCGGCGAGUGCACCACUUGCUUGUUACAUCUCUUACUAAGCUGAAGAAGCCCGCGAGUGCCACUCAGCACACGGGUUUUAUUUACAAUGAAAGUGCCAUGACUCUGGAAAAACUAGCGAUUUUGAAAGCAUGGGCGGAGGUUUACGUUGCGGCCAUGCAUGGGCGUAAAGAAGAACGGACUCACCGGAAGACAGCCACCUCUGAGAGUGAGGACUCGAAACAAGAUGGAGAAUUACUGGAUGCAGAAUCUGCCGGAGUCGAUGGCAAAGGAGGCAAUUUGCUAAGCCUCGUAGAGCCGGAGUUGGUGAACUUGUCAAAGCAUUGGUUGGCUGGGUUGAAAGACUAUGCCUUGCUUUCACUGCCCCCGGAAUUCGCGAACCAAUUGCCCCAUGACGGCGGUGCGUUCUUCACCCACCAAACCAUGGAAGAAGCUAGAGUUCACUACGAAAAGUCCUGGAGACCUAUUCUUCACGCGGCCGCCAUGUGGCUCAAUGACGGCGGUUUCAAAAACGUGCACCUGGAGCGAUCGGAUGUGAAUAUAAGUGAUAGCGAUAAUUUGGGUCUUGGUGCAGCCAACGCUGCUGCUGUCAAAUCUCCCGAGUCCAUCAACACGGAUAGGUUCCAUUUAGUGUACGGUAUUUGUGUGCGCGCACUCUGCAUCAGUCAAGCAUCUGAUCCCUCUGAAAGUAUAGCAUCCUGUUUAGAAGCCAUGCAUUGUUUGCUUGAUUCUCCGUGGGCACGGAGUCGACUCAUGCUGGACGUUAAACUGGCAAUCGAACUGUGCAGCGUUAUGCACAGAAUCCUUCUUACCAGAGAUGUGAUGUCUAUACAAAUCCUUGUUCUACAAGUGGUUGAACAUAUUUUAACCGCGGCUAAGGAACGGUUGGACGGUCUGAAGAAGCUGAAGAUGAAAGGAGUUGCUCCGGCGAAUCAAGAACCCAAGGGCAACCCAGAAUGUGAUUACCUUGGAGAUGGCGGAGAAGUGGGUGAAAUCGUGCCCAAUGAGUCCAUCGUAUACGGUCUGUUGGAAGUGAGCCUUUGCGUUCUUGUUCGACAUAUUCCAAGUCUUCAUCCCUCUCUUCCGCCGUCUUUGGCCUCCAUACCGAUAAAGAACGACCAGACAGAGAGUUCCGUGGGACAGCUGAAGGCAACUUUGAUAGCCCGUGCAGUGAACGUUCUUCAGAAUCUUCCGCAGCUCUCGUCUCCAAGAGGGUCUGCUAAGAUUUUGCCCUCCGUAUUAUACUUGGUUACCGGCGUUUUGCGCGAAGCCAGUUUGGAGAAUGUUGAUGAUGCUGCGUCUGGGGAUGUAUCAUCGAGUCCAGCUGUUCAGGCAUGCUUGAAAUGUCUUAAAACCUUGGCUAGUGACCGUUAUACCUGUGAUGAGCGGUCUGCUCCCGUUUGGGUACCGCUGCUGCAAAGUGCUCUUCUUCGUGUAUUGGACUUCUCCAAAACAGGAUUGGAUGAAUCGCUGAGAGUAAACCAAUUCACAAUGUUGAUGGCUGUGGCAAUGUUCAUUUUGCACGCACCGAGCGCCGUGGUUUGUGCUCCGAACCUUCAGUAUCCUUGUAUCAAUAUGUUCAGGCUGUUCGUACACGACAAGGACAUGGCUAUGCGACUUCGUUGUGUGCAAACAAUCAAAUCAAUCUUCCAAAGAAAUAAUCGAGCAGUCACUGCGCCUUAUGUUCAAGCUUUGGCCCCGAGAAUCAUGGAAAUUUUGUACGACGAUGAGUCAAUUCGUGUAGCGUCACAAGUCGAGUUCCAGGUGGUGAAGGAAUCCUUGUGGAUAGGAUUCUUGCUCGUAUCCAUUUGUGAACCCGCAACCCGAGAGGAACUUCUUGCACUUAUCGCACCCGCUUUUGUGAGGCUAAUGCUAUCGGACUUGUCGGGAGAUAUCGACCCGUUGCGUCUGGCACUUCAUCGCGAAGCAAUCGACCUAGUCAUGCGGAUUGCGAAUUCAUAUUCAUCCGUGAGUGACUUUGCCGUAUCCCUGCACUUUUGUGGGAAAUUUGACAAGUUACGAGGGUUUGAGGAAAAGUUGGCAGACAAAACCAGGGACUUGGAGCGGAGCCGGAGCCCGGAGCCUGGAGCCCGGAGCAGAGCGAUUUUAGCUGGAGCAGAGCGGAGCCCGGAGCAGGCAAAAUUUUUGGCUGCUCCGGGCUCCAGGCCUCAAAUAAAAUUUGAAAAAUUUGGGGAGAACCCCCAGCCAUAUGUGACUGUUUGGCUGGCACCAGUCAACAAAACUACCUCCCUCCAAUUCAGUCAAGUCCUCAAACCCUGA